CGACGGGGACUUUUCCCAAGAAACCCCUGAGGACGAGCCUGGGCUCUGACCCUGGUUUCGCUGCACACACGCGGCGUAUUGUCUGCUGUCAACCGACACGAGUGCCCGCGGGGGAGACGUGGGUCACAGAUGGCAGCGGGGACUUGUGGGGCGCCCCGCUGAAACCCGCGCGUCGCGGGACCGGCGCUUGACGGUGUCAGGAACGGCUCCGCGGCCUCUGCCCUGACCCUCCUGUCCCGUCCCGUCUCGCGUGUCGCGAGCGCAGGGCGGCGUCGACAUGGCGGACGACAACGAGGAGCUACAGGCAGACGAGGAGGUCCCCGCUCCGGCUGAGGACGGCUUCGAGCAGCUGGAGAUCGACAGCCCCGCGGAGCGCAGCGGUCACGUGGCGGUGACUGACGGACAGUGCAUGUACGUCUGGGGCGGCUACAAGAAUGCUCAAGUGAGGGGCUUUUAUGACUUUUAUCUGCCUAAAGAUGAAAUAUGGAUCUACAACAUGGAGACUGGAAGAUGGAAGAAAAGUAAAACAGAGGGGGAUGUUCCACCUUCCAUGUCUGGAAGUUGUGCUGUGUGUGUUGACCAAGUGGUGUAUUUAUUUGGCGGACAUCAUGCACGUGGCAAUACAAAUAAG